AUGGUCGAAUCCUCAGACGCAAAUAGCAAAAAGGUUCUUGUUAAGCCUGAAAAGCCUGAUGAAGAUUUGUACAAAGCCAGCUUAAAGAAGGCUGAGAAAGAACAUGCUGAUUCUAUUGCAAAACUAAGUGCCAUUAAAAAUCAACUAGAAAUCGCGAAACCAAUUUCUAGCGAUUCACCAUCUUCCAAGCAGCGUGCAGAACUCUUAGCCCGCCUCAAGGAGAUCAGGGAAAAACAGAUCGCCGGGAAAUCCAGCCGUAACAGGCUUCUCGACCAGAUUAAGAGAGAGGAUGCCACCCUUAAGGAAUUAAUCGCACAGCAAAAAACUGCACGAUCGCGAGUUAACUUCAAAUCUGUUGAGGAUCUGGACAGAGAGAUUGAUAGACUCGACAAACAAGUCAACACCGGAACAAUGAAAAUUGUGGAUGAAAAGAAGGCUCUGAACGAAAUAUCUAUGUUGCGCAAGCAACGAAAAAACUUUUCUGGGUUUGAAGAAUCUCAAAAAAACAUUGAUGCAAAGAAAUCUCUAAUCAAGGAGCUUCGUGAUCAAUUCGACGAUCCGGAGAGCAAGGCCCUCUCUGAUCAGUACAAUAAUAUCCAGGCUCAACUUGAUGAAAUCAAAGCGCAACAAGACGAGGCCUACAAAAGUAUUAACAGUCUCCGUGACGAGCGAAAGAGGCUUCAAGAUGAUCAACAGGCUAAAUAUCUCGCGAUCAGAGAGAUAAAAGAUAAUUACUAUGAACAAAACCGAGCCGUUCAAAAGUGGGAAUACGAAGUUCGUCAGAAGGCUAGAGACAAGAAAAGAGCUGACGAAGAAAGACUUCAACAAGAAAAGAAGAAGACGCGUGCUCAGCAAAUCCUAGCUGAAGCAAGUGAUAAGGCCUACCUUGACGAAAUUCGACGUGCCCAUAGUCUACUUCAUUUCCUGGAUCCUUCAUUUACCGCAGAAAAGGCGCCACUUCUAGCCCCAUCAAAAUUCCAAGCACUUCCUCAACGUCAGGUAGAUGCCUCUGGGAUCAAAGGAGUAAGGAUUGCAAAGAAAGAGGAAGAAGAUUAUUUCGCUGGCAAUGCUGGAAAAAAGGGGAAAAAAAGCAAGAAGUCUACCCCUGGAGAAGGAAAGUAUUCUUGCCCUCCUUCUGUGAUGGAAGACUGUACUUUCAUGGGAAUUGAGCCCCCAAUGAGUGCUGCAGAAAUACCAGCUGUCAAGGAGAAAGUUCUAGCAAAACUCUCAUUCUGGAAGGCUGAUCAAGAAGACGAAACCGAAAGAAAUUAUACAAAAGCAAAAAAAGAACUCGAACGUCUAGAAGCAGAGGAGGCUGCUGCAUCGACUAUCAACGUAACCGGACACUUUCUACCUCAUGCUAAUGGCGAUGGUAAGGCUACUGCCACCCCUGGCGAAGGCGGAAGUGCCAGAAACGAAUUAGCACUUGAAAUGGAAGCCCAAGCCGAUGUAAGCAUAGAACUUAAAGCCGUCUCGUUGGAGGAGAGGACAUGA